CGUGAAUUUAUUUCUCUCCCACUUCUCUCCGCUGGCACUCCUCUUCAGUUGUUCAAAACAACCUCGAGGAUGUCAACCACCAACCAUGCUCGGUAAUUGAGAGCGAAUGCCCGCAUAGAGAAGAAGCGGUGUUGCAUAUCAUAUCUUAUAUAUAAUGACCGCUCCCACGACUACUGCAGUCGAUGCGGCGUCCUCGCCGGAGCUUGACCUUGCGAAACAGACCUCUGCCUUGACUGUGCAAGAGACGAUAUCUGAGCCGGGCACUGAAGUACAAAAUGCUCAGUUGCCCCCUCAUCGCAGCCAUGACCCGCAACACAACAUGAAGCGGACCGAUCCCUUCAUGUUCGGCUCACGCUACUUGGAGGAGGGCGACGACGUCUUCGAGUUCAACGCAUGGGAUCAUGUGGAGACUGACGAUGCGUACAAGGAGUACUCUGAGCAGCAGUUUGCUAUGCAGCGAGCAUCGCCAGUCUCCGACUUUGACAAGAACAGAUUCAACUCGGACCCCGCGAGAUUUUGGAAUCUUUUCUAUAAGAAUAAUACGGCCAACUUCUUCAAGAAUCGCAAGUGGUUGCAGCAGGAAUUCCCUGUGUUGGCCACAGUGACAACUGAAGAUGCCGGCCCCAAAAUCGUGCUAGAAGUCGGUGCUGGCGCUGGUAACACUGCUUUCCCCAUUUUGGCCAAUAAUAAGAAUCCCAAGCUGAAACUCCAUGCUUGUGACUUCUCGAAGAAAGCCGUAGAAGUCAUGCGUUCUCAUGCCGAGUACAAUAACGAGAUGAUGCAGGCCGAUGUCUGGGACGUGGCUGGUGAAGAACUGCCACCCGGCGUGAAAGAAAGCACCGUAGACAUCGUGUUGAUGAUCUUCAUCUUCUCCGCCUUGUCACCCUUACAGUGGGAGCAAGCAGUACGGAAUAUUUACCGUGUGCUAAAACCGGGCGGAGAAGUUUGCUUUCGUGACUACGGUAGGGGUGAUCUAGCCCAGGUUCGGUUCAAGAAAGGCCGUUACCUUGAAGAGAAUUUCUAUAUUCGAGGCGAUGGCACUCGUGUUUACUUCUUCAAGCAGGAUGAACUUGCUCGGAUAUGGAGUGGCGUGUUGGGAACAGACACGCCCACCACUGAGAACGAGGUUGGAUCAAGUGAAACCACGUCUGAUCCCCUCCCGCAACAGCCAUCUGCUGGGAAAGUAGAUUCACAGCUGUUUGAUAUCGAAGAGCUUGGCGUUGACAGACGGAUGCUUGUUAAUAGAGCAAAGAAGCUUAAGAUGUAUCGUUGCUGGAUGCAAGGUCGCUUUAGAAAGAAAUAGACUAAUUCCAAUCAAACCCCAUGCAAAUGCCCA